AUGCCGAAAGAGCCCAGCGCUCGUAGCGAUCCCGACACCAACCACCCUUACAAGGAAUCCAAGGCGCCCGCCAAACCAGUCGCAUUGCCAGACGGUUGGGAGAUUCGCCACUCUGCAACCAAGAAGCGCGCGUACUACUUCCACGUUCCGACACAGAAGAGCCAGUGGGAGCCACCAGCACUCAACAGCAACGCCGAGGACGAGAGCGAGAGCAACGACGCAAGCAACAGCAGCACAAUGUCCCAAGUCCGCGCAUCGCACAUUCUCGCCAAGCACAAGGAUUCGCGCCGUCCCAGCUCGUGGAAGACGCAGAACAUUACUCGCAGCCGCGAUGAGGCCCUCGCCAUGAUCCAACAGUGGCGCGCGCAAAUCGUCAACAAGGAAAAGACCUUUGCCGACAUUGCCAAGGUCGAGAGCGACUGCAGCUCGGCCAAGAGCGGCGGCGAUUUGGGCUUUUUCGGUCCUGGCCAGAUGCAAGCUCCUUUCGAGCACGCCACGUUUGCUCUCCAGGUUGGCGAACUCAGCGAGCCCGUCUUCACCGACUCGGGUGUCCACAUCAUUCUGCGCACAGCGUAAAAUGGUCGACCAGCAUGGUUCUGUGUUUUGUAUUGGCGAGUGUUUCCCGUUUCUUCUCUUUCUCUCUCUCUUUCUCUCUCUCUCUGCCUUGCUGCCAUCCAACUCCAACUCCAAUACAACUAGCGAAACGA